AUGACUGUUCUUCUCUUUGCUUCACAGGUUACUGUUCUUCUCUUUGCUUCACAGGUGUUGGGUGAGCAUCGUCUUAUUGACGAGCUCCUCGAGCAUGAUUUAACUGGUUCUGUUGCAAUUAUUCCACCGUUGGUGGAAAGUUCAAGUCGAAUUCCCACUGAGUCGAGUGAUAUCUCGAAGUCGACGGAUGCAGGGAUCGUCGGAUCGAAAGUCUGGGUCUCCGAUCACACUUCUACUCGAAGUACUGAAAAAUUGCCAGCCGCAGCCGCUGGAUCGAGGGGAACUUCAUCGGUAUCGGGCUCUAAGGUACCUACUAUCCUGCCUUUAUACGGUAUUGGCUCCUUCCUUCCGAUACAAGCUGUGGCCUCAUCUGAAACGAUAAUUUGCAUACAGGAUUCUCCGCCGCCAUUGGUGGAUAUUCCCACCGAUGACGAAAAAGCCAAAGGCAAGGUGACCGAGCAAAGGGCGGCCGGUCAUGGGGGUUAUGAAAUACCCACUCCGGGUAUGUCGGGUUUCAAGCAUUUUCCCAUCCCUGUAGCUGACCAUUUCGGGGUUAAUUCUGGUCCCAGGUUGGAGAAAUCGUUUCCUGCCCCUAGUGUCGACCCGAGUCGGAAGAGGCUAAUUACUUUUAAGGUGCCGGCCGAUAUGAACAUGUUAUCGGGUCCUGUUGGGGUGUCCAGCUAUCUGUACCCUUUGGUGUCCCAAGAGGACCGUAAGAAAAUGGCCGAAGUCGACGAAUCGUGCCUUUUCAACGAGGCUCAGUAUGCAUUGAAUCGGGCCUCCGUGCUUCAUCAUGCAAGCUUCCACCGGCUUAGGCAUGAAGUGGGCGACUCGGAGGAGGAGCUCAAAACGGCUCGAAACGAAGCUGCCGAAGCCAAACGGGAACGUGGCCAGUUGGCAGAGAAGGUAAAGGCCUUCGAAACUUACAAUAAAUCUUUAAUAGCUGAUGCUAACGUCCUUGCUUCUCAGGCCCGGGCUUAUGUUAGCCAGAUCGAUCGACUCCGGGCAGAGCUUGAUGGGAUCAGGCCUGAUUUUGAUGCCCUCUACGAAAUGACCAUCGGUGCUGUGACCGAACGUGAUGUUCUCCGGGAGAAGCUUCAGACGUUGGAGGAACAAAUGAACGGCCUUAGCGCAUCACUUGCUGCGGCCGAAGUGGAAAGGGAUCGAUUGAGCCGGGUCAUCACCGAUCUGCAAGCUGAGCAUGGAAAGGCUCUUGAUCAGAUCUCGAGUUAUGAUGACAUGUUAGAGCGAAGACAAGGCCGAUGUGGGGACUGCCGAAAAGGCAAGUAA